AUGCCCACAUUGGUGAGUGGACUGCAAUUUCGGUGCCCCCACGACGGCGUGUUUGAAAACCCCCUGAAUAAGCACUCAUACGUGCGGUGCUCUGACGGGAGGGCACAUAUACUUCAGUGCGGGCCGGGAGGCGAUGAGACCACAAAGUGGACCAAAGUAUUCAACGGACGCGAGUGUGUGGACCCAUACGAGUGCCCGGAGAUCGACGGCACGUAUACUAAGUACGAGUGGGGUCGGGUGUGGUACAAAUGUCACGGCCCUCUACCACAGCAGCACCGGUGCUCUGAGGACCACCACUACGACGGACGCAAUUGUGUGCGAAAAAUUAGGGCUGAGUCGCAGAGGAGACCACACUUUAAACUACUCUUGAAAGACAGAAAUCUGGUUAAGUUUCAGUUCGACAACAUGAUUGUGACGGAUACUUUCAAUGAGUUAACCUGGUCAUGGCACAGGACCAUUGAUGGAGCUGCCAAAAAAUAACACGUAUGUCCCCGGGAUGAAUACAUACCUACUGGCACCGACUGUGUGGGAAAUGGUAAACGUAUAGACCCCCGAUGUCUGAACACCCUUUGGUUCGUAGACCCAACAGAUCCGUACAAGUAUUACAUUUGCGAAGAUAAUGUUCCCAGACACCACAGCUGUCCACACAAUCACUUCUACAAUGGCCAGAGAUGUGUCCGAUCGUAUAACUGUCCCUCUGCUGGCUAUCAUGUACUCGAAGACCCCGACAGCUCCCGUCGAUAUAUCAUCUGCAGGGAUGGCAUCGGAGUCAACGCAUUUGUGUCCCACGGACAGCCACAGGUAGGCUUCAGAUGCCCGUCCCAUGCAUACGGACUCUAUAGAGAUCCGCACCACUCGAACCGGUAUUACAUCUGUAAUAAAGGUAUAGCCGAUCCGAGAACAUGUCAGCACAACCACGUGUUUGACGAGGACAGGGAGGAGUGUAUCCUUCAUAUUGACCACGGACACCACCGCAAUAAUUGGAUAGUGAAGGGCGUGUGUCGGGUCACGUAUAUGAGGGACGGCUAUCCCAAUGUUAUUGUAGAUGUUUGGGAUAACGCCGCUUAUAAGUGGGUGCGAAAAUACCCGGAAACCCGAUGCAGAGGUAACCUGUUAUACAGACGCAGCUGUCCUGAGGACGAGUACAUCCUAAUCGGCAAUUGCAAUGACGGCGCAAAAGUAGACUCCCGGUGCCGCACACCAAACGGCUGGUUCAAAGCGUCAGAUCCGCGUAAAUACUAUAUUUGCUAUAAUUAUAUCCCGACGCUCGCUACCUGUCCCCAUGGCCACGUAUACGACGGUAGCAGUUGUGCCAAGUCGUAUCCCUGUCCAACCUAUGGCUAUCAUGUCUAUGAAGACCCAGACGAUAGGUACAGGUAUUAUAUCUGCAACAAUAGACAGGCCACUCACGCCACAUGUCGGUCCGAUGAGGUGUUUGAUAUCAGCAGAAAAGGAUGUAUUUCCCGAUUGCCAAGACCCUAUACCUUCCCAUGCCCGUCCUAUGGCUACCGACUCUACGCAGACCCAUACAAUGCCAGACAGUAUUAUAUCUGCAGUAAUGGUGUUCCCUAUCAGCAGAUAUGUCCGCACCGGUAUGUGUUUGACGAGAAUAGGCAGGCCUGUCAUCGUCGAGGUAUCAUUGACCCAAUUUGGACAGUAAGGGGAGAGUGUAAGAUUGAAUACGUACGGAACGGACACCCGGGCUAUACUAUAGUCGAUGUCUGGGAUAACGACGCUUAUAAGUGGAGGCGCACUGAGAUCCCGGGCAGAGAUAAUACCAAUUGCUGUUCAUAUAAUUGUCGUCAAAAUGGGAAAUACGUGAACCCGGGUAAUGAAAACUCAUACAUCGAGUGCUAUGGAGGUCAGGCAGCUAUAGAGCGCUGUCCACUGGGCGGGGACGGCAUGAGUCCUAUGAUAUUUGACGAGGACCGGGGUCAUUGCAUUGAGGCAUUCAAGUGUGCCGACAGAUUCGGCUACUAUCGGCACUACUAUAACGAAACUUUCUACUACUGGUGCCGCGCAGGUGUGGCCUCUUUUCACCGCUGUCCAUACGGACAAAUGUUCGAUGGAGUGGACAGUUGUGUCCCUAGGUUUGACUGCCCAGAAUUGAGCGGAUUUUUUAAACACCCGUCCAAUAAAACUCAAUUCUAUGAGUGCUGUUACGGA